AUGACGGAGCCUUUAAAUUUCGUAGUAGAGACCGAUCACAAACCGUUAGUGAGUAUCAUGAAUGUGCAGGAUGUCAGCCAGUGUCCUCCCAGGCUGCAAAGGCUAAAAUUGCGGCUAGCACCCUUUUCCUUUCGGGUAGAAUACGUUUCAGGAAGGGCAAUUCCGGUAGCUGAUGCUCUGUCACGAGCCCCUAUUGGCAGAGGGAACAAUGAUUUGGUGGACGACAUUGAAGCUUACAUCAACAUUGUGAGGGUUGCAGGCUUGCCGGUUUUUGACGUAAUACUUGGGGAGUUUCGUGCUGCAACGCAGGAAGAUCAGCAGUUGUCCGUGGUACUCUCGUAUCUGCAGUCGUCUUGGCCAAAGGAGCGGCACAACGUUCGACAGAAAGCUCGUCCUUUUGGGGAUAUUCGCCACACGCUUAGCUGUGUCGAUGGCAUCAUUCUACGAGGGGAGCAAAUUGUGGUUCCUAGCGCUCUUCGUCGAGCUAUAAUUGAACGAGUUCAUGAAGGACACCUCGGGGUGGUCAAGACGAAGUCAACAUUCCGCGAACACAUGUGGCCUGGAAUGGCAAAAGAUUUAGAAGACGCCGUGCUCCGCUGUGACUCGUGUGCUCGUUUUAGGCACCGACAACGUUGGGAACCAUUGCAGUCUACUCCGAUGCCUAAGCGCCCCUGGCAACAAGUCGGCUCGGAUUUAUUCGAGAUGGACGGGGAACAUUAUAUUCUGAUAGUGGAUUAUUAUUCUCGAUUCCCUGAACUGCGUCCUUUGUCGAAUUUACGUGCCGACGAUGUCAUCGCGGCGUGCCCGAAAAUAUUUGCGUGUCAUGGUAUACCGGAACUGUUCGUUAGCGAUAAUGGUCCUCAGUAUGCCAACAUUUUAUUUAGGAAAUUCGCAUCUCAGUGCGGAUUCGAACAUGCGACAUCUUCACCGCAGUAUCCCCAAGGUAACGGGUUGGCCGAGCGCACUGUUCAGCCCAUCAAUGGUCUGCUACAAAAUCUAAGUACUCUGGCAGUGAUUUUCAGCUGGCCUUAUUGGCGUAUCGCACCACUCCUCACGAGACCACUGGAGUUUUACCAGCUCAUCUGUUGA